AUGCGGCGCCUCGUUGCGCCGUGGCUCGCCCUCGCCCUCGUCGGCGUCGACGCCGCCAUCGUCGUCAUCACGCCGUCGGACGACAGCAACUGCGCCAACGAGGGCUACAGCGACAUCACGUCCGUGUCUGACUGCGAGGCCGCCAUCGCCGAUGCGAACGCCGACAUGGGCUUGUCCGGCUACGGCUCGCCGAGCAGCGUGUCCUACAGCUUCUACCCGACGGGCUGCUACGCCGGCUGCUACAGCGACUAUACCGGGUACUUCUGCACGGACUACAACACGGACCAGAACUCGCUCACUUCGACCGACGGCGACAAGUACCUCUUCUGCGAGUCGUCCGGGGCCGCAUCGUCCGGCGGCAUCGGCGUCGUGAACCCCACCACCGACGGCAGCAAGACGUGCGAGGACAUUGGCUACUGCACGAUCACGUCCCUGUCCGACUGCGAGGCCGCCAUCGACGAGGCGAACGCCGCCAUCGGCGCGUCCGGCUCCGGCUCGCCGAGCAGCGUGUCCUACAGCUUCUACCCGACGGGCUGCUACGCCGGCUGCUACAGCUCGUACAGCGGGUACUACUGCACGGCUUACAACUCGCACCAGAACUCGCUGACGGCGACCGACGGCGACAAGUACCUCAUCUGCCAGAGCGGCCCCUGCCCGACGCCUCCGACGCCCCUGCCGACGCCGUAUCCGACGCCGUAUCCGACGCCCCUGCCGACGCCGGCGGGCACGCAGCCCUUCCAGCUGCUCAAGGCGACGGGCGACGACUACUACUCCCUGAUGCGCCUGGAUGAUGGCGUCUACGUCGACAUCUUCGACCUCGACUACACGGACGCGAACGACAUCAACGCCGCCGCCAUGUACACGGACGCCGACGGAAGCUUCUACCCCUACGCGGUGUUCGACAGCCAGCUCUGCCGCUUCGAUAGGUACAGCGUCCACUGCUACGAUGGGACCAUGGGCGUCGACCUCGCGAACGCCGCGGCCAUCGUCGGCGGCGACCGGCGCGACCACUUCUACUACAGCAACGCGCUCGGCGAGAAGGAGGGCGACGGCCUCUGGUACGCGUCGGACCUCGACGCCUCCCAUCCCACCUUCCACGACCUCACGCUGCCCGUGAACAGCGACCUCUUCUCCUCGACCGUCGUCGACUUUGCGCCCGCGACGGAGGAUUCGGGCUCCGACGACAUCAUCGCUGACGGCGUCGCGGGCGCGACCUACAUCAUCGGCAUGAUGUACGACUUCAGGCUCUUCAUCGCGCGGCUCGGCGACGACGGCGCGCCGGAGGCGUACGCGAUCGUCCAGGGCGCGGGCGUCGGCCUCGAUCCCAUCGAAAGGCUCUUCGGCGCCGCGUGGUACCUGGACACCGACGACUUCGACGGCGUCUUCUUCGCCGGCAACGGCGCCGAGGGGAUCUUCACGGUCAUUACGCCCAUCCGGAACAUCGACGACGACGACUGCUGGAACUCGGGGUCCGACUACUCGGCGCACGUCGCGUGCGACGCCGCGAGCGCCGUCGUCGUCCGGUACUCGACGUCGACGGACACGCCCGACAACGACGGCCUCAACUGCCCGACCGACGCGGCGGACUCGGCCAUCGAAGCCUUCAACUGCACCAGGGCGGGCACGCAGCCCUUCCAGCUGCUCAAGGCGACGGACGACGACUACUACUCCCUGAAGAAAUUGGACAACGGCGUCUACGUCGACAUCUUCGACCUCGACUACACGGACGCGAACGACAUCAACGCCGCCGCCAUGUACACGGACGCCGACGGAAGCUUCUACCCCUACGCGGUGUUCGACAGCCAGCUCUGCCGCUUCGAUAGGUACAGCCUCUACUGCUACGAUGGGACCAUGGGCGUCGACCUCGCGAACGCCGCGGCCAUCGUCGGCGGCGACCGGCGCGACUACUUCUACUACAGCAACGCGCUCGGCGAGAAGGAGGGCGACGGCCUCUGGUACGCGUCGGGCCUCGACUCCUCCUAUCCCACCUUCCACGACCUCACGCUGCCCGUGAACAGCGACCUCUUCUCCUCGACCGUCGUCGACUUUGCGCCCGCGACGGAGGAUUCGGGCUCCGACGACAUCAUCGCUGACGGCGUCGCGGGCGCGACCUACGUCCGCGAGGCCGCGUCUUCGGACGCGCGCGCCAUCAUCGGCAUGAUGUACGACUUCAAGCUCUUCAUCGCGCGGCUCGGCGACGACGGCGCGCCGGAGGCGUACGCGAUCGUCCAGGGCACGGGCGUCGGCCUCGAUCCCAUCGAAAGGCUCUUCGGCGCCGCGUGGUACCUGGACGCCGGCGACUUCGACGGCGUCUUCUUCGCCGGCAACGGCGCCGAGGGGAUCUUCACGGUCAUUACGCCCAUCCGGAACAUCGACGACGACGACUGCUGGAACUCGGGGUCCGACUACUCGGCGCACGUCGCGUGCGACGCCGCGAGCGCCGUCGUCGUCCUGCAAUCGUCGGACGGGCAGGAGACGCCCGACAACGACGGCCUCAAUUGCCCGACCGACGCGGCGGACGCGGGAAACGCGACGUCGCUCCCGACGGCCGCGUCCGCGCCCGAGCCGACGGCCGCGCCGGUCGCGCCCGCGCCGGGGCCGACGCCCGCGCCCGCGCCGGGGUCGGUCGCGUCGGCGCCCGCGCUCGCGCCCGCGCCGGGGCCGACGCCCGCGCCCGCGCUCGCGCCCGCGCCGGGGCCGACGCCCGCGCCCGCGCCGGGGUCGGUCGCGUCGGCGCCCGCGCCCACGGCCGCGCCGGCGCCCGGGCUGACGGCCGCGCCCGCGGCCGCGCUGGUCGCGUCCGCGCCGGCGCCCGCGGCCGCGCCCGCCUCCGCGCCGGCGCCCGCGGCCGCGCCCGCCUCCGCGCCGGCGCCAGCGCCCUCGUUUCCCGCGCCCUCGCGGGCGCCGUCGGCCGCGCCGACGGCGGCGCGGUCCUACGUCAUCGAGUUCCUCAUGCCGAAGUGGAUGUUCACGUCCGCCAACUGCGACGCGUACCUGAGCUCGGACGCGGUCACCUUCGCGAACGGCCAGACCGUCGACGGCGCCGCGCUCGACGCGGUCCUCGGCGGCACCGCCGGCGCGGAAUUCGGCGACGCGCUCUGCGCCGGCUUCGCCAACGUGUCGGCCAACGCCACGGGCCUCAACGCCACGGGCCUCAACGCCACGGGCGCGAACCAGGGCAGCAAAAGAGAGCGAAAUUCCCAACUUCAAAGGCUCAUAUCUCGGCCGAUUUCCACUCGCGCGAACGCGACGACGGCCGCGCCCUCGGCCGUCGACGGCCGGCGCCUCGGCGGCCGGCGGCGCCUCGCGAGCUGCGCCUACGACGAGAGCGUGACGACCGUCGUCGCGCUCGACAUCGACGCCGACGACGUGGCCCUCGAGGCCGCGGGCGGCGACGACGACGCCGCGUCGUCCGGCGACGCCGCGGCCGAGGCCGCGUACGCGAGCUACGCGCUCGCGUACCUCGAGAACCUCACGGCCGUGCCGGACGACCCCGGCGACGACGACGGGGACGGCGGCGGUGACGACGGGGCCACCGCGGAGGCGGGGCUCUGCCUCUCGCUCGCGGCGGCCGCGGCCGCGCCGACGGCCGCGCCGAGCCCCGACUGGGCGGCGUCGUGCGGCGAGCCGCUCUACGACCUCGACCUCGACGGCGGCGACGUCCUCGCGAACAACCUCGGCGGCCGCGGGCCGGGCAACGGCACGUCGGAGACGCUCCGCUACGGGUCCGUGACGCGCAAGGACGGCCGCGCCGUGGACCUCGUGCUCUCCGUCGCGCCCGGGUCGACCUACGCCGUCGCCGACGACUUCGCCGACUACCAGGGGCGCGCCGGCGCCUUCGGCCAGGUGAACGUGCGCGACAACUCGACGGCGUCCCUCGUCUUCAGCUUCGUCGACGCCGCGACGUCCGCGCCCGUCGCCCUCGAGAAGUUCUACGUGACGUUCUUCGACGUCGACCGGCAGAAGAAGGCGACGAGGCACUCGGAGCGCCUCUGCGUCGACGCGGACGCCGUCGACGGCUACGUCCUCGGCGAACCCAGCGAGCUCGCGGUGGCCCGCGGCGGCGAAGCCUGCGACGGGUCGCCCGGCGCGUCGCUGACCUUCGCCGCGACGGCCGCGGGCUUCGCGUGCGACAACCCGAGCGACCCCCACGCGCUCGGGAACGUGUCCUGCGCCGACUGCGACCAGUGCGCGGCGUCGGGCGGCGCGCUCGACGCCUACUUCCCGAUCGACCCCGCGGCGCGCGCGGUGAGCCUCGCGUUCGGCGCGCCGACGGCGUCCUUCGAGGUCCACUACGCGAUCCCCUGCGUCGACUGCUACCUCGCCGCGACGGCGGGCUUCGACGGCGGCCGCAGCUUCCUCUUCGGCGGCGCGUCGCGGGCGCUCUGCGCGCUCCCCUCCGCCGCGCCGACGCCGCCGCCGACGCCCGGGCCGGCCUACGUCGUCGUCGCGACGGUCGACGUCGCCGGCGUCGGCGUGGCGACGGCGCGAGCGUAUGCCGGCGUCUUCCUCGACGCGCUCGCGGCGAGCGCGGGCGUCGCCGCGGACAACGUGACCUUCGCGGCCGCGCGGCGCCGGCGCCUCGGCGGCCGGCGCCUCGACGACGGCGGCGGCGUCGUAGCGACGUUCACCGUCGAGGCCGAGACCUACGCGGCCGCGGACGGCGACCGCGCGGCCGUCGAGGCCCUGACCUACGACGACUUCGACGCGGCGCUCCGGGCCGCGGCCGCGACCGCGGGCGCGGCCGACGCGUUCGCGGCCGCGGCGACGACGGGCAUCGCCGUCGCGGCGUCGGUCGUCUCCCACGGCGGCGCGGCGUCGGCCUUCUCGACCGCGCCGACCGCCGCGCCCUCGCGCGCCGGCGGCGGCGGCGGGUCCGGCGGGUCCGGCGGGUCCGGCGGGUCCGGCGCGCGCGGCGCGGCGCCGCUCGUCGUCGCCGCCGUCGCGCUGGUCGCCCUCGCCGGCGCGCUCCUGUGCUUCGCCCUGUGCUGGCGCGCCCGGGGGCGGCGGCGGGCGCGCGCGCCCUACUGGGAGAAGGGCGCGGUCGCGGCAAAGGCCCCGGGCGCGGUCGUGACGCUCGGCGUCAUCGACGACAGGACCUCCAAGGCGCACGCGGACAUCGACCCGCCGGCGCUCCGGCGGAAGCUGUCCAAGGCGCACGCGGACGUCGACGGCGCCCGCGGCGCGUCGCGGCCCGAGUCCAUCGAGCGGUCCCGCCGCGAGGCUCCCCCGGCGCCGCCGCUCGCCGGCGUGCUCUUCUGCGCCACCGAGGCGGAGUCGAACCUCGAGUGCCUCGCCUGCUCGAACGUCGAGCUCCUCACGUGCUCGGGCGCGCGCGUCACCUCAGGCUAA